GGCGGGAGGCUCUCGGAACUGGUCGCACGCGCGGGGCAGAGUCGCGCCGGCCGCCAGUCGCGGCACCGGCCAUGGUCUGCCACUCAGUGCACGGGCCGCCUCGCCGACGCAAGCCUGUGUGGCCCUCUGUGCGACCCAUCCCGCUGACCUCACGUAUCCCUACGAACGAACGCUGUAACAAAACUUUUUGAGAGAAAAUUCGCAACUUACGAUUUAAUAUCCGACACGUGACACAAGUCUGUUUACAUUUGUGUUACUUAACUGCAUCUUCAAUAGUGUUUCGCGAGUGAAGUUAAUAUACUGAACGGUACUGGAAAACCACGACCUGAAUUUAAAGGUGGUGCGCACUCGUGGCGUAGCGCGAGUGUGUGAUGCGAGGGGGGCGGCGCAGCGGGCGCCGGCGCCGGUAGCUCCGAUCAUGCUCGGCCCGCGCGCUGCCGCUCUCUGUCUGCUCGUGCUAGCCGUCAUCGCCGACACCGUGCAGGCGUCCACCGCGGUCAUCAAGGGUCGGCGCGAGCCGUGCUCCAACGAAGGGGAGCCAGUGCGUCUUAACGACAAGAGGCUGGAUCAGAACUGGGGCAAUUGCUUUCGGUGCCAUUGCAAGAACGGAUACGUAGAGUGCAGCAACGGCGUAGAAGAGUGCGGACAGGUGGAGGACUGCGCUGUCUCGAUGCCUCGCAAGGGCUGCUGCGAGCGCUGCAAGGGGUGCUGGUACAACGGCACUGAGCACGCCUCGCACACGGAGUGGGACGAGGAGGGCCGAGUCCUGCGCUGCGAGGCCGGCGUCGUCACCAUUUCGAGGCCGGAGUGCUACGCGCCAUGCGAGAAGCCGAGACACCAGCGGCACACGCAUUACAACUGUCCUGUCUGUGGCGAAUGCGUGAUAAACGGCCAAAGAGUGGGCGAGGGGCGCGACGUGCGCAUCCCGGAGGAGCCGUGCCUGUCGUGCCGCUGCGUGCACGGCGCGCUCUCGUGCGCCAAGCGCGCGUGCCCCGUGCUGCCGUGCGCUCCCGCGCAACAACACACGCCGCUCGGCGAGUGCUGCCCCCGCUGCAAUGUGCCCACAGUAGACAAGAUGCUGCCCAGUCACACUUUCACAAAGCCGUGCAUAAUCGGCAACAGCCUCCACGCGCACCUGGCGUCGUUCCGCGUGGACCCGUGCACGGACUGCACGUGCGUGAACGGCACGGUGGUGUGCGCGCGGCACACGUGCCCCGUGCUGACGUGCGGGGCCCGCGCGCGCCCGCCCGCGCCGGGAAAGUGCUGCCCGGAGUGCCCGCAAGUCGAGGAGGCGAAGGCCGCAUGUGUUAUAGGCGGGAAUACUUAUCAGGAUGGUGAAACAUGGCAGCUUGAUGCUUGCAAAUCCUGUGAAUGCCACGGCGGUGAACCUCGCUGCGCCAUGGAGCGCUGCCCCGUCGUGACCUGUCCUCCCGACCAGACGCUGCGGCGCGUGCCGGGCCAGUGCUGCGCGCGGUGUGUCGACAUCGACGGCAUCUGUACCGUCUUCGGGGAUCCCCAUUACAAGACCUUUGAUGGAAAAUUCUACAGUUUCCAAGGAUCCUGUAAAUAUCAAUUAGUGUCCGACUGCGCAAAUGGCUCAUUUUCGAUAAGAAUUUCUAACGACGCUAGAAACACUUCACAUUCCUCCUGGACACGCACGGCCACUCUUCGGAUAGGGUCUACCAAAAUUAAUAUGGGGAAAAAGAUGCGAAUCAAAGUAAACGGCAACAGAAUCAGCUUGCCCCACAGAGAGAGCGGCGUAGCGGAGAUAAUCCGCAGCAACGGUUCCGUGCUUUUGAAGGCCAACAUCGGAGUGCAAAUGUUAUGGGACGGAGACGGCUUCUUGGAAGUUACAGUGUCGAGUGUGUAUAAAGGAAAAUUGUGCGGUUUAUGUGGCAAUUUUAACUCUAUAGCAAAGGACGAUAUGAGAUCGCGCGACGGUAGGAUGAUGAGCGACGCGUGGGAGUUCGGUUCGUCGUGGCGGGUGGGCGGUCGGCGAGCUUGCUCGCGCCGGCGCGAGCGCCCCGGCCGCUCCCAGUGCCGGCCGCGCCGGCGGGCCAAGGCGCGUCGGCUGUGCCGCGGCUUCGACAAAUACGAGGCUUUUACCGAGUGUGCGGCGAAAGUGAAUCCUCACAAUUAUAGGGAGGCGUGUGAAUUAGACGCGUGCAAUUGUUCUGGCUUUCGGUGCCACUGUGCGGCGUACGGCGCGUACGCGCGCGAGUGCGCGCGGCUAGGCGCGGCGCCGCGGGACUGGCAGCACGAGGCGUGGUGCGCGGGCGGCGCGCCGCCGUGGCUGACGCGCGGCCGCGACGCCGCGCGCGCCGCGCCGCCCGACACGGCGCUGAUGCUGCCCGGCACCAUGCCUAAGCCGGGGUCCGGCCGUCGCCCCCCGCCGCCGAUUCUGCAUCCUGAUUAACUUUGUUAGCGGCUCCGCAUCUACUAGUCAAACCUGCCAGUGUGGUGAAGUGAGUAUUACGAGGACGCAAGAAAUAAGAUGAAUUAAAAAAUACACCUCGACAAGGUGUAAACAACCACCAAUGGAAUGAUGAUCUUUCUACAAGAACAGUAUUCAAUAUAACUACUUAUUAUAAGAUGUACGUACAUAAUAUAUACUAAAUGUCAUAGAAUAACUUUUGACCAUCUAUAUACAGCUCACUAUUGCCUCGCGAACAUCAACCAGCAUGAAGUGAAAUUUGAGACAGAUUUUGGAACUAGAUUCUCCUUUAGACAUUCAGUUAGCUCAUUCCAUUAUUUUAAGACCCACGAUCAACGAUCGUAAGUUAAAUCGCGAAAAUUGAUCGUGAUUGAUCAGACAUCGUAGAUUUUGUAGACUCAAAAGUCUACAAACCUCGCAGUGCAGCCUCGAAGUUGAGUUAAAAUAAUCAGUAUAAUUUUGAGGUCAGAGAGUUUGAAUACUUACCUCGAUUUUCUUAAUGGGAUAUUAUUAUACUACACAACAAUAAUAUCCUACAAGAUGUACGAUAUUUGGUAAUGAUUGAGUAUCUAUUGGUGAUUCUCUAUAUAAAUAGGAAGGAACGCUGGUUGUUAUUUAAAUGCUGUCGCUUUACAAUUCAUUAAACUCAUGUAAUGCUUACUUAGCGUAUCUAAAAUGUGAUAAUUGAUUAUGACUUGUGUUAUGGAAGUGCGUUCGGUAAAGUAAAGUUCAAAUUGCGAUCUCAUCAGUACCUAGUUGUUUACAAAAACUUAGUUAACAUAUUUAUCCGAAGCCAAGAAGCUAUGAGAUUGAGAGUAAUCUACAUAAAACCCUGAAAGUAGUAACAGAUUCGUUCGUGUAGUUAAAUAUUGUUUUAAUUAAAGACUCGUUUUAGAGCUUAGUUGUUAAAUACGUUACCAAUGAAUUGUAUUCUUGACUUUUAAAUCUAUGUGUACUUACUUUAGUUUCUGACAUGUUCACUUAAUGUUAAUGUUAGCUGGUGACAGUACUUUCUAUUCUGAAAUGAUUGAAUGUGUGUAUUCUACUAGACAUUGUAGAUGUUUUGAGAGGAGGCUGAAGUAUAUCUACUUUUGAUUAUUUAUCAAGUAAGGAUAAACGCAGCCAGCAAAAUAAAAGCAGCCAGUGUCUACGUGUCAUAUUAUUGACUAAUUUUCUUUUUUAAUUGCCUUUGUAUAAAUGUCUUCUUUAUUCUCUUUUUAUUUAUUACGCGAAAUAUUUUCUAAAGUAUUAGAAAUUAUUUCAAAAAUCACUUCUUAUGUUUAAUUUUUUCUGUUUUGGCCGCUUUCUGAGUGAAAGCCGCCCAAAAGAGUGAAUUAAAUUUUCUUAAUUUUAAUGUUUUAUUUCAAGGCUUACGUUUUAUGUAGGCUCGUAAGUUAUUUGAGGAUAUAAUUAGCGACCUUUAUUUCUGACAAUUUACUUAAGGUAUUACAAAUUAUUCCUUCUUUUACAAUUAUGUAUACUUUCUUACGACAACAUGCAUACUAUGAUACUAUUCUAAUCUAAGUAUAGUGUAGGUACCUUUUUGGGUAAACUUUACCUACAUGCCAUAAAUUUAAUUAUUUAUUGAUAUAAAAUGGGUCUUUAUUAUGGAAUUGUAUGGAAAUGUAAAAAUGUAAUGUGUUUACUGCACAACGUUACUGGUUCUAUUUUAAGUACCUACGUAAAUAUACUAUUGGCUCCACUAAGGAACUAAAAGUUACAGUAACUUGUGUGCUUGCGAACAAGGAAUAAAUAAAUAAUGCAAUUUUGUUGAAAAA